AUGACGGAACAACCGUCUUGCAGUUUGUGUGGGGUGGAGAGAGGGAACCGCUAUAUGGGAUUGCUGGCCAUCCUAAGCACAUGGGUCAACUGGUUCACUUGGACGGGUGCGGUACAAGGGCUAGCCACGCUGCUACCGACUCUACGGGACCAGAUGGAAACAUAUACAUGGGUCGUCGGCUGGAUGAUUGUCAUCAUAGAAGUCACUCUGAAUCUAGUUGGCCCAAUUGCAGCCCCUCUUCGAAGCCGCUUUGGUACCCGGAUUUGCGUGAUGGUCAGCGGCACAAUGAUGGGCCUCGCUUUCAUCAUUUCAUCGUGCUCGUCAGCUGUGGUAAUGGCAGUCGCAUUGGCAGUGCUUGCAGGACCCGGAAAUGGGAUUAGUAAUGUUUUGUGCAGGGAGCUGGUUGGACAAUGUUUUAGCAAAAAAGGUAUCUCUACGGCUUUCUCCAUCGCUCAAUCUGGUGCCUCUGUCGCAGUCAUGGUUGUGCCACCGAUGAUGCAACUAUUCCUGGAUACAUAUGGCUGGAGAGCCUCUAUGCUCCUUUUGGGCGCCAUUUUUCUUCACAUGCCCGUGUGUGGUGCCCUCUUUCAGUUCCCGUCAAGCAGUGAUACUGCACUGGCGUCUAAAUACUCUGUCGUACCAGAUGAUUGUGUUGAGGAAGAAAGCGAAGAGCCCCUGACAAAAAGGAAUGAGCCUCAGAAAAAGUCAGUCUUCCGAGCCCUCUGCCAAAAUCUCAACACUGAACUACUACUCAAUCGGUCGUACUGGUGCGUAGCAGUCAUAAGCAUUGUGCAUCAUGUUGCCUGCUUAGGCUGGUCGGUGUACUUCAUACCUCACACUCAGACCAAGGGUUUCACACCGCAAGAAUCAGUCAUCCUGACAUCGAUCAUGGGAGUGACAAAGAUUAUCGCUGCCUUCACUCUCGGACCCCUGAUGGACAAUAUUCAGGUAGUCAGCUCCAAGGGGUUCAUGGGAAUUGCUCUGACGUCACUCACCGCGUAUUACCUUAUCGACCCAUGGAUUACAUCUUUUUGGUUGAAUGCGAUUAAUAUCGCUAUCUUCGGCUGUUCAACGUUCUUGAUUUGGGUUUUGGUGGAUGUCUUGGCGUGCGAAGUUGUCCCAGCUGAUUGCUUGGGCAGUGCCUUCGGCUGGAUAGGAAUGAAAGCUGCAGUUUUCUCUUUCCUACUUCUGUUUUUACCGGGUUUGAACUUUGACCUCGGAGGAAGCUACACCUUAGCAUUCAUGCUGAUGGGAGGUCUUCAAGUAUUUGCCAUCGUUGCUUUGGGGCUGCUGGUUUACAUACAAAGUCAAAAGUGAGAUUCCGAAGCUUGCAGUACUUUUUGUUUAUUUUAUUUUUAGGGUAUGGAUGCUGUGUUCCUAUAGCAUUUGUAAACACAUGCGUACAUCCAUUGGUAUACUGCCAGUGUUACUGACAUGAUUUACCUUAAAUAAUACAAUAGCAAAGAUAAAAGGCUUGAGAUAUCGAUCUUGGCAGGAUCUACGAUUCUCUCUCACUUUCUGACUUGUCGCUAGAAAGUCGUCACCUAGAUGAAAGCCGUGCUCUAAAAUACAAACUUACAUGUUUUACUUUACACCAGUAGUUGAAGAGACAGGCAGUAUGCAUAGGCCUUUCCUCAUUCUUAAUCCCGACCUUUGCAGCCACCAAAGGAUAAAACUCACCGCAAAUAAUGAAAUUUAGUUCUUUCAAAAUAUUAUCAUCAGGUCGCAUUACAAGAAAUACCUCGGCCACACUGACCUAUGCGUUAUGAUUUGGUGGCGCGUGCAGAGUAUCCAGCAGAAGCAGAAGCAGGAUUUUUUUCUAGAAGGGGGUUAAAAAAAUCCCUGUACUUUUUCCAGCACAUCUCAAUUUAUCAUUUUCUCAAGGAUGGGCAGGGGACAGUUACCCGCCAUUUUGGAGAUGAUAACAAGUAUGAAUUAGGUGGUAAA